AUGUCUGCUGUUACUGCAAGAAUUAGGACAAGCUCAGAGGGAGGCUUCCAGACCACUGCUGCCACUGAGACCUCAAGACACGUCCCUUUGGAAACUCAAACCCUAAGAACCGAGACCUAUGCUGGAAUCUUCACCCCAGUUGGCACUGCUUCAGAAGCAGAGACCAGGGACACCAAGACCAUUUCCCGUGAAACAAAAACCAUGCCUUACAAGUUCAUGAUUGUGGUUAACAACCCUCUGGAGAUAUCGGCCACCAGUAGCAGCACUGCAAUAAUGGGAAUGAUCACGGAUGAGACUGUGAUGGGCAGUGAUCACAGAGAAGCUGCCUUGGACAUCCUUUGUAUGGAUGGCAGUUCUGAAGAGGGAAAGAUGAUCAUGACUGACGUCUUAACACUGACUCAUACCUCUGCAGAAGCUGAAAACAUGACCUUGACAUUGGAGAGAAGUAUCUUCUCUGAUAUCUCUUUUCCAGCCAUCACCACCUCAUCAACCCCAGACCCUGAUAGCACUGCUCCAACUAAAGCUUGGGUUGCCUACACCAUCACUGACAUCGAGCUUAUCAAUUGCAGCCUUAUAGAAACAGAAACAACCGCCAUCAUCCCUGGACGCUCAGACACAAAUCACAGCCCCACAAAAGGGAUAGAGGCUCUGUCUAGCCUUGAGAUGUCAGCUUUGCCUAACUCCACUCAAGCAAAAUCACACACCAUCAAGAAUACAACCUCUGUUAAGACUUGGUCAACAACCAGCACCACAGGGUCAGUCAUACCUGGUGAAAGAGAGACAACAAUCAAGGCUACUACCCCCAAUGGGGCUUUGGUGGCAGUUAGCACAGACUCCUUGGAGGAAACUGCUAUAAGCCACAUGGAGGUUUCAGAAUCAGUUACAAUUUCUAUAGAAGCUGAGUCAACAACGAGCAAAGUUAUUACUUCUGCUAUAUCCUCACCUACAGUCCAUAAUUCCUCAGAAGAAACCACCAUCAAGAGCGCUACACCUUCAGAAACUUUGAAGACAAAUAGCACAACCAGUAGAACCUUCCCCACCAGCAGGGGCCCUCUUCUUUCUGUCCAUCUGACUACAGCCAACAGUAGUGGAGCAGCAAACAUCACCUUAACUAAGACCACAAACUCAGCGAAGACUCCAAAGAUAGCCAGCACAACCAGAGGGAAGCUUCCAACAGCCAUGGCUCAGACAAAUCUGACCACAAAAGAUGGAGAUGGAGGCUUCUUCCUUCUGCGACUGAGUGUGGCCUCCCCAGAAGACCUCACUAACUCGAGGGUGGCAGAGAGGCUGAUGAGGCAGCUCCGCCAUGAACUGCAUGCCCACAUGCUUCCCAUCCAAGUCUCCCUGCUGAGCAUCAGGAAGAACUAA